GUCCAGAAUGGUCAUUUAACCCUAGGGUUCUCUCUAGGGUUCUCUCCUUCCUAUUAAACAACGCGGCGCUGCGGUAAAGGAGGUGGCGAGGCGGGACUCGGAAUAGUAUUCAGGAGCUAGGAGCCGACAUCCGCAACAAUGGCCAGGGGAUUGAAGAAACAUCUGAAACGGCUCAAUGCCCCUAAGCAUUGGAUGUUAGACAAGCUUGGCGGGGCCUUUGCUCCUAAGCCAUCAUCUGGCCCACAUAAAUCAAGGGAAUGUUUGCCCUUGAUACUUAUUUUGAGAAACAAACUGAAAUAUGCUCUUGUAUAUCGGGAAGCGAUUGCAAUUUUGAUGCAAGGCCAUGUAAUGGUUGAUGGAAAGGUCAGAACUGACAAGACUUAUCCAGCUGGUUUCAUGGAUGUUGUGUCGAUUCCCAAGAGUAACGAGAAUUUUCGUCUCCUUUAUGACACCAAAGGACGCUUCUGUCUCCACUCGAUUAGGGAUGAAGAGGCUAAGUUCAAACUUUGCAAGGUUAGAUCCGUACGAUUCGGACAGAAGGGCAUUCCCUAUCUGAACACUUAUGAUGGCCGCACUAUUCGCUAUCCAGACCCACUUAUCAAGGCCAAUGACACCAUCAAGCUUGACUUGGAGACCACGAAGAUCGUAGAUUUCAUCAAGUUUGAUGUUGGAAAUGUGGUCAUGGUGACUGGUGGGCGAAAUACUGGUCGCGUGGGGGUGAUCAAGAACAGAGAGAAGCAUAAGGGAAGCUUUGAGACCGUCCACAUUCAAGAUGCCACUGGGCAUGAGUUUGCGACUCGUUUGGGCAAUGUGUUCACCAUCGGGAAAGGAACGAAGCCAUGGCUAUCUCUUCCCAAGGGCAAGGGCAUCAAGCUAAACAUUAUCGAGGAGGCGAGAAAGCGUCUGGCACUUACUGCCGGCACUGCCGUCUCUGCUUAGUUUUCUUUUCUUCAAUUAUCUGAACGUCUGUUUGGGUACCCUGCUGCACCAAGUCCAUCUUGACAACUUGAAGAUUUUUUUUAUUUUUUUUUACUUUGUAUUGUAACUAUGCUAUCAAACAUUCAUCUGUUUCGAUAAUAUGCAAGAGACUAGUUUAUUUGUUAGGUA